AUGCUCUUUACAAUAUUUCUGCUUUCAACCUUAAACUUCUUCAUUUCAACCGCACAACAAGAGCCACUUCCUGAGCCUAACAAACCAAAUACAACGAAAAAUGAAGCUGGUGCAGCAUAUUGGUACCCUCCACCAGCAGUAUCCAAUUUUCAGUCCUUUCCUUCUGCUUACAAUUUACCAGGAUACUUCCAAGUCCAACCCAGUUACUCAUCACCAUCAUGCCCUCAAACACCUCCACCACUAAUGGAUCGCAAGUUUUUAAACCUUGCUAUGAGUGAUCCAUCAAGUAGGUUGACACGAGAAUUCUGUCGCUAUGCUGCAGCAACCAGUGAAACUUCUUGUAACACAUGCUGCAAAAUAGCUGCUCGACACCAUGCUACUGCAAUCGAUGAGGUGCGAGGAAUAACAUUUUCAUUUGAUCCAAAAAUGCCACCCAUAGCCAUGAAUUCGAUGAUUCGAAAGAAAAGAGAUCAGCCAACUACAUCAGAAACCUCUACCCAGUCAUCAUAUCCACCGGCCUUUCUCACGAAAACGCGACGUUUAACUCCAUCACCAGCCUCACUCGGUUUAGCAUCUGUAACUGGAAACAUGAGAACUCAAAAUAACAUAGCACAAUGCUUUUGUUGCGCUCCAGUGAAAUCGGUCUAUUCAUUUUAA